AAAGAAGCCUGCUCAAUUCGUUUAGCCAGGUUUUUUUUUCCAUCAGAAAAGAAGAAAAAGAAAGUUUUUAAUUAAAAGAUUAGAUAAGUUACAUCCAAACCCAGGGACUCAGACAGAGAAGCCUACAGAAUGUCCAGACUGGUGGAAUGUGUCCCCAAUUUUUCUGAAGGGAAUAAAAAAGAGGUGAUCGAUGCCAUUGCCAAAGCCAUCUCCCAGACCCAGGGCUGCGCGUUACUGGACGUGGAUGCGGGGCCGUCCACCAACCGGACCGUCUACACCUUCGUGGGGACCCCGGAGGACGUUGUGCAGGGAGCCCUGAAUGCAGCCAGAGUAGCCUUCCGGCUCAUAGACAUGACCCAGCACAGAGGUGAACAUCCCCGGAUGGGGGCCCUGGAUGUUUGCCCUUUCAUCCCGGUGAAGAAUGUCACCAUGGAAGAAUGCAUCACCUGUGCCCACCUCUUCGGUCACCAGUUGUCCACCGAGCUCGGUGUCCCAGUUUACCUGUACGGGGAGGCAGCCCAGAAGGACAAUCGGAAGGCUCUUCCUACAAUCCGGGCGGGGGAGUACGAAGGCCUCCCGGAGAAGCUCAGACUGGCUGAGUGGGCUCCUGACUUCGGCCCCGGCUCCUUCAUCCCCACUUGGGGGGCCACGGCAACGGGUGCCCGUAAGUUCCUCAUCGCCUUCAACAUCAAUCUGCUGUGCACCAAGGAGCAGGCCCACCGGAUCGCCCUAAACGUUCGGGAACAGGGCCGGGGGAAGGACCAGCCUGGGCGUUUGAAGAAGGUUCAGGGGAUCGGCUGGUAUUUGGAUGAGGAGAAUAUUGCACAGGUUUCUACAAAUCUGCUGGAUUUUGAAGUCACUGCCAUCCACACCGUCUAUGAGGAAAUCUGCAAAGAUGCCCAGGAGUUAAAUCUGCCAGUUGUGGGAUCUCAGCUGGUGGGUCUCAUCCCUCUGAAGGCUAUUCUCGAUGCAGCAGAGUUUUACAGCAAGAAGGAAAAUCUUUUUGUUUUGGAGGAGGAACAUAAAAUUAGACUGGUGGUGAAUCGGCUGGGCCUGGACUCAUUGUCUUCCUUUAACCCCAAAGAGCGCAUUAUUGAAUAUAUGGUUCAGGAUGGGAAGACAGAUGGAGAGCUGAUCUCUAAGUCGCUCAGUGCCUUUGUCCGUCAAGUGGGUGCCCGUUCAGCUGCUCCAGGUGGAGGUUCGGUCUCUGCAGCAGUUUCGGCAAUGGGAGCAGCGCUGGGCUCCAUGGUGGGGUUGAUGACCUACGGAAAGCGCCAGUUUGAAGACUUGGAUCCAGUCAUGAGGAAGCUUAUACCUCCUUUCCAUCAGACCAUGAAUGAGCUGAUUGUGAUGGUGGACAGCGACUCCGAUGCCUUCGGCAGCUAUAUGGAGGCAAUGAAGAUGCCUAAAUAUACACCUGAGGAGAAAGAACAGCGUGCUGCCGCAAUACAACGUGGGCUGAAAAAAGCAGUCAGCGUUCCCUUGUCCCUGGCAGAAAAAGUGAACGCACUGUGGCCAACUUUAAAGGAGAUGGCGCUUUACGGGAACCUUGCAUGCAAAUCGGAUCUCCAGGUGGCAGCCAAAGCUUUGGAAACCGGGGUGUUCGGUGCUUAUUGCAAUGUGCUCAUCAACCUAAAGGAUGUUACAGACGAACAGUUUAAGACCCAGAUACGAGAAAAAGUCUCCAGUCUCUUGGAGGAGGCCCAGCAAAGCAUGACUUUGGUGCUGGACUCACUGGAUAAACGGGGAGAAUGAAAGAGAAUGCACGCUCACCUAAGGCACCGCCAUCUUUGAGCUGGCAGUUCAUUAUUUUAUUCCUGCAUCCACCAGGGACUUGACAGGGGUCCUUUGGCAAACCUCUUUGAACCUUAGUUUCCUUGGUUAUAAAAUAGAAAUAAUAAGGAUGAGCUGAGAAUACGAAAUAAAAUAACGAUUGCCUUAAUAGUAAACAUAAGAAACCACAAAUGAUGGAUAGGACUUUCUAACCCUGUGGCUGAAUCAUCUCUUGAAAUUUGGCCAGGUGGGGUAUAACGGAUUAAAAAAUGAAAAAAAACUUCCACAAAAUGAUCUUUUGGUUUAUUUUUGUGCAACCAGAAAAACGAUCACUUUCAAACCCAGGGGGUCCUAAUGAGGGAUCCCUGUAGAUCGUUAACAAAAUAGUCCUCCCUGGAACCUGGCUUUGGAAAUCUUGUAUUCUGUAGGGUCUCAUUUUCCAACUAGAAAGUUAGAGGGAUAGAGUUGUAAAAAUGAGACAGAAGUGUUAGUGAUUAAGUUGGCACUGGAGAGGUUUUUCUCCCUUAAAAAGUUUUCCUCCAGCUCAGUCUAGCUAGAAUUCAAUCUGUUAAAGAGUUCAGAUUUGUGAUAGGUUAAAUUUCUGACUGAAUUUUAUUGAGGAGCUCUGAUUUGGGGCUAUAAAAUAAGCUCCAUUUUUAUUCUCUCCUAAGCAUAAAUAGUCUCUGACUGAGCAACUCAGAUGCUAGGCUUCCUUCCAACUCUUCCCUAAAUUUAUCUUCAAGACCUUCAGCGUGGCUGUGUUAUCACUUCCUCAGCAAACCUUUAUUUCACUUCCAAAAUUGUGGUUUGGGACUAGGGUCACUGAAACAUAAAAUUUUCAGUAAAUUGAUAUCACAGGCCUGUCUCACGGCUCAUCGUCUCCUGUGGACUUUAACUUGGAUCUUGCGUGAUCGGCUUGAGUUUGAAAAAACUUGGCAGUUAAGACCGCAGGAGAGAUGUCAUGGAGUCCCUCUUUCAGUUACAGUCUUUGGGCAAAGACUCAGUUAGAAGAUUGCAGGUUGGUGUAAACUCCUCAAGGGCAGGAAUUGUGUCUGCCAAAUCUAUUGUACCACACCCUCCCAAAUGCUUAGGGCAGUCCUCUGUUCACAGUAAACCCUCAAUAAAUAUCAUCGAUGGAUUGUUUUGGGGGUUCGGUUUGUAUGUUGGUGGUGGAAAAGGCAUAGUUGGGUGAUUAUCACUGGUUUGCUAAUUUUGGGAUGGUUCCUUUCACUUGGUCUGAUCAGGUUUUCCUUGGUUCAUUUUAAAACAAACUCAAUAAAAUGGUCUCCUGAUUCUUUUAUUAACUCUA